GGCCAAGGUCGCUAAUUUAAAUGGACGAAUUUACCUAACGAAGAAGAUUCGGCUCGAGUUACCGUACCUUGUUAUGUUGUAAAAUGUCUAACUUUUAGAGGAAACUCGCCAAGAGAUAAGCUGUGUGAAGGUCUACACAAUGAUAGUGUGUACACUACACUGAAAUCAGGAUGAUUUUCUUCAUCGGUUUCGCGUACAUCUCACUGGUGCAGUGGUAUCGCAGGAGCAGACGUCGACAGAUGUAUGCCAGUGUCAUAUCGCGCUCGCUUAGGAGGUCAAGUAUUUUGGCUCAGAGAGUGUGCCUGACUCAAGAGGGCAGCACUGGUGACUUCUUGCAUUCUGCUCUGCUGAAAUGCUCCGAGACGUACACGGUGCGACAAUACGUAAACGAUGAAAAACUGCUCAUUUCCACAGUCGAGCCUAAGCAAACGGUAGACAUGCAUCUGUGGACGGCGUACAUGGACAUCAAUCCCAGCAGUGACCGCUCAUUACGAAGUAUCAUGGUUCUGCUGGAGGCCGACCGACCUAGCGACCUGAUCGCGUACCAGAAGAAAAUACUGGACACACCGCCAGUAUGCAGAAUUCAUGUGUUGACACUUGGCUGCCCAGUUGCUUGGAAACCUGGAAUACCAUUUGGGAUUGUCCUGCACUGUAGUCUUGAUGGUUUUGUCGCGAUGUGUGAUGCGUUUGGUCACGGUCAUCUGACUGUUGGGGAAAAUCUGGAGAUUCACAAGAUAAUUACUGUAGAAUGUCAAGGCAAGCCACAUAGGUUUCUGCAAGAUGCUGAAUGUGAGGACAGCAAGGUGGAUGAAAGACAGCAAGUGUUCGUGUUUAACUCACCAGAAAACUGUAACAAAAUGGAGGACAGAAAACCAGUGUUUGUGGUCAACUCACCAGACAGCUGCAAUGAGGAUCUCCAGCUACAGUGUGAGAGUUCGGAAGAACUGGUGCACGAGGACAUCCCACCAACUGUGACUGUUCAGAAAGUUGAUGAGGCAUCUAGUGGUGACACAACCAUAGAUGAUGACACAACCAGUUUAGCUAAGGAUACUGCAGAAGUGGUCUCCAACAGUGUAGCCAUAGAUUCCAACAGUGUGACUACAGACAACAUGAAUGUAAAUGGUGUAAAGACAACUGGUGUGACUUUAAACGGUGUGGACAUUAACGACACAGACUUGAAUGGUUGUGACAUUGAUCCCAGAGUGCGUAACAUCUCUGGUUCAGCUUCGAUGAAACCGCCAAACGUCCUUGUCUACUGUGGAAAGAAAGACUCUGUCCGUAGGUUCCAGGGAGUGAAGGCUUCUCUUGAACAGUGUCUGAACACCGACUGUUACACUAUAUACCAUCUGCAGCAUGCAGAGGUCAACUCAGCGCCAUGGGCAGACAACUCCGCUCUGCUCAUAAUUUCGUGUGAGAGCCUGUACGAUGGCGUAAACCUGACGUUCAUCAGAUAUUUUCAGAAGGGUGGCCGGGUGCUGAGCUGUGGGAGCUCGCUGGACGGGGAGUUUGUUGAGAGGAAGAAGGUUCAGAACAGUAUCGGGGUCACAGAGUUGGACAUUGAAACAUGGAAGGGGGUCAGCACUCUUCGAGGUCCAUUCAACUAUUCUGGGGUUUUGGCGAGGAUGGUGGGUGUAGUGGUGAACACGAUGGCACGUGACCCAUUGACCGGAGAACCUGUGUUAAUGUUUGUCAGGCAGAAGUUGGCGGUCACCGGUUCUAGCGGAGUGGCUGUUUUGUCGCAGCUGCUUCUCGAGCGUGACCCGACCGACAUGGUGGGAGAACCGGCCGAGUUCCGCCAUCUGAAGAAAUCAAACUCCACACGACUUCAGAUUCUCAAACACAUCCUCAUCACACUCGGACUCAACUGUAGUCAGCAGACCCCGCCAGACCUCACACCAUGUGUCCUGCUCACAAACAGACAGGAUGUUAAGGAAUCUUUCAUAGGUGGUAUACAGCACAGACUGAAAGGUGGCAUACUGCGUUCUAAAUCUCUAACUCUGCAGUUCAUAGAGAAAUGCUCUCCCUCCACACCAGUGUUGCCACAUCACCUGCCUGUAGUGACGGGCGAUGGUGAUCUCCAGUUAAAAUACUUCCAGCCACAGACGUACUGGACAAACCUCAGCACAUCGCGUCUCGGACAGGUGGUCCUCUACACAGACGUCAUACCCACAACCAUGACCAUGUUUGAAGGGUUGCAGUUUUCAGUUACAAGCGAUGCCGGGCUGAUUGCCAUUGCUGGAAGACAAACAGCCGGAAAAGGUCGAGGGUUGAACACGUGGUUAAGUCCGGUGGGCUGUGCUAUGUUCAGUCUGCCGGUGCGCAUGCCGGCCGACUCAAACCUCGGACAGAGGGUGUCAUUCUUACAGCACAUCGUGUCACUAGCCGUGGUGCAGAGUGUGCGAGCUCUACCAGGAUACGAGAAGUUAGAUCUAAGAAUCAAAUGGCCUAAUGAUAUUUACUAUGGUCAGGACAUCAAGCUGGGAGGGGUGAUCGUCAACUCAUCUGCCAUGGACAACAUCAUUUACACAGUUAUUGGCUGUGGCUUCAACGUGGACAACUGCAACCCAACCAUGUGUAUCAACGACCUGGUACAACAGCACAACAUCCACCACGGCACCACACUGGACCUGUGUAGUGUGGAACAGCUUAUCGGCCGCACCGUGACCAUCAUCGAACAGCUCAUUGACCAGUUUCAGGAGGAAGGCCAUGAAGCGUUCUGUCGGCUGUAUUACGAUAAGUGGCUGCACAGUGGUGUGAAGGUUCGUCUGGAGAGUGAGGACAAUUUGGAGGUGACCGUCUGCGGACUGGACAGCUUUGGCUUCCUCAUGGUACAGACAGCAGACGGACAGACAAUCAGUGUCCAGCCAGACGGAAACACAUUCGACAUGAUGCACAACCUCAUUCUCAUCAAGAAAAGAUAACUCCAUUAUAGUCAACAUGAUGUACAACCUCAUUCUGAUCAAGAGAAGAUAACUCCAUUAUAGUCAACAUAAUGCACCUCAUUCUAUCAAGAGAAGAUAACUUCAUUAUAGUCAACAUGAUGCACAACCUCACUCUGAUCAAGAGAAGAUAACUCCAUUAUAGUCCAGUCUGAUGGGAACAUGUUUAGCAUGAUGCGUAGCCUCAUGCUGAUCAAGAGAAGAUAACUCCGUUAUAGACCAAUCUGAGAGGAACAUGUUUAGCAUGAUGCACAACCUCAUUCUGAUCAAGAGAAGAUAACUCCAUGGUACUUUGGAGCUACACUCGGUAUAUAGGUUCUGUUACAUGUCCCUGCUUAAA